UAUCCUCUCUAUUCGUCUCUCUUAUACAGAAACACAUUUUCUUGCAGGCAAUACUUUCUUUGUGUGCUGAGCUGAGUAAACUAAUCACCCAACCCAACACGGAAGAACACGAACGAAAAUGGCAUAAACAAAUCAACACACAGAUCCCAAAGCUCCAACCUCAUCUCAUCAAAAUCCCAAUUCUUUUCUCUCUUUUCUCAACCCCCGAAAUUGCUCCCAAUCAAUGUCUCGAAUACUCUUCACUACAUGGAACAAGCACAGAAACAAGCUUCAUCCCAACCCAAAAAUCCUUUCUUCUUCUCCUUCUUCUUCUUCACAUGCCUACUUCGCCCUUUCGCCCCAUCAUCAUCAUCAGCAGCAGCAGCGUCACCGCGUCCUCACCAACACCAGCACUUUCUUGUUCUACCAUAGGCUACUCCAGCACCGCCAAAAAUGGGGCCGUGGAGGCUCGGACGACCCGAUUACCCGGUCCAGGAGGAUCCGAGCCGAUCCGAAUUGCCCACGCUGCUCCAGGGACAUGAUUGUAAUUGACAACCUCAAGCUAUCAACUCGCCAGGGAGGUCACCAAUUCAAUGGUACUGUGAACCUUUGCCCCAACUGUAACGCUGCCUAUUACUUCAGCCCUUAUGGCGUUGCGCCUCUUCAAGGUAGCUUUUUGGAGAUUGGGGCUCAGAGGGUCUCUGAAAAAAACGAUCUUGAUGAUGAUGAUGAUGUUGAUUUUGAUUCUACUAAGGUGCCUAGGAGAAUCAAUGGGUUUGGUGGUAGAGUGUUGAAUAGUAAUGGUGGUGGUGGUGGUGAUGGGGAUAGUAAUGCACCUGGUUCAGGUGAUGGGAAUGGUGGUGGUGGUGGUGUUGCUGUGCAUAGUCCUCCAGGGCCACCUUUUGCUCCUGGUGUUAAUGUUAUAAGGGCUUCUGGGCCCCGAGAAGGUGGUUCCGGUGGCAGCAGUGGAAGUGAGAAGAGUUCAUGGGGUGGUUCCAAUUUGGGGAGGGACUUGCCAACUCCAAAAGAGAUUUGUAAGGGUCUUGACAAGUUUGUAAUUGGUCAGGACAGGGCCAAAAAGGUUCUAUCAGUAGCUGUUUAUAACCACUACAAAAGAAUAUACCAUGCUUCUCAACAGAAAGGGUCAGAGGCUGAUUCUGGAAUUCCAGAAGGAUUAGAUAAUGAUGAUGUCGAGCUGGAAAAGAGUAAUGUUCUCUUGAUGGGUCCAACAGGGUCCGGGAAGACAUUACUUGCUAAGACGCUAGCUCGGUUCGUGAAUGUUCCAUUUGUCAUUGCUGAUGCAACAACCUUAACUCAGGCUGGUUAUGUUGGAGAAGAUGUGGAAUCAAUAUUGUAUAAAUUACUGGCGGCAGCAGAGUUCAAUGUUCAAGCAGCUCAACAAGGGAUAGUCUACAUUGAUGAAGUGGACAAGAUAACUAAGAAGGCUGAGAGCUUAAAUAUUAGCCGAGAUGUUUCAGGCGAGGGUACUGUGAGUAAACUUGGAAACUAAUAUCGGACUGCACUAUUGAUAAUCAGUUUAUCAAUAAUAAAUGUUCCUGAGAAAGGAGCAAGGAAACAUCCACGAGGUGAUAAUAUACAGAUCGACACAAAGAAUAUUCUUUUUAUAUGUGGAGGUGCCUUCAUUGAUCUUGAAAAAACAAUUUCAGAGAGACGACAUGAUUCUUCCAUUGGUUUUGGAGCACCAGUUCGUGCCAAUAUGAGGACUGGUCAACUAACAAAUGCAGCCAUAGCAUCAUCUUUACUUGAGUCGGUGGAAAGUGCUGAUCUUAUUGCAUAUGGUCUCAUACCAGAGUUUAUUGGACGAUUUCCGAUUUUAAUUAGCUUGUCAGCUUUAACUGAAGAACAGCUUAUGCAGGUUCUCUCAGAACCGAAAAAUGCACUUUCUAAGCAGUACAAGAAAUUAUUUAGCAUGAAUAAUGUCAAACUACACUUCACAGAGAAAGCUAUGAGAUUGAUCGCCAAGAAAGCAAUGGCAAAAAAUACUGGCGCCAGGGGUUUAAGAGCCCUACUGGAAAACAUUUUAACUGAAGCCAUGUAUGAGAUUCCAGAUGUCAAGACAGGAAACGAACAGAUUGAUGCAGUUGUUGUCGAUGAGGAAUCAGUAGGAUCAGUUAACGCCGUUGGUUGCGGAGGAAAAAUUCUCCGCGGCGGAGGUGCUUUGGAGCGGUACCUUGCUAAGAUGGAGGACUCAAAGGUUAAGGGUGAUGUAGCUGAAUCUGACUUGCAAGAUGGGGAACAAGAGAUCACAUCAAGGGCAAUGAGCAUGUAAUGUUUAUGUCUAUACUUCAUACCAUAAUAAUCAAGAUGUAUAAUGUCAUUGUUAUUGUUGUUUGUAAAAAGUAUAUUCAUAAGUUGCUGUAAUUAUCCCUUGUAUAACAGCAUAGCUACAUUGGAUAGGAAGGAAAUAGAAAGAAAUGAAAGAUGUAGCAUUGCUAGUUUAGGCAGCACUUAAUACAAAAGUUUAAGGGUUUUACUUUUCAUUUAAAUAAAAACCUGGCAUUGUGCAAUUUUAAUUGACA